CUCGAUUGUUUUGCGUUUCACCAUGUCUUGACUUUUGAUGUGUUGCAGGUCUAAUUUUGGGUUUGCAUGGUUUUCUCAUGGACAAAUUAAAUAUUCAAUGAAUAAUGAUAGAGAGGAAGCUUGGAGGGGGUUAAGUAAUUUUGGCUUAUAAAUAGGACCUCUUCCUUUGCUGCUGAUAGAUGUGCCUCAGUGCUUGGUGUUCUUCGUGUUGUGUUUGUUGAGUAUUGUAAUAGCUACUUGUAGCAAUUAAGCUAAUAGCUAAGCAGGCUGCAAAUUCUCCUUCGAGAACAAUAUUCUUCUUCAACGUACGGUUUAGAAGUUAGGAGAGUAGACAAAAUGGCAGGGGUGUCAGUAUCGGAGGUGGCAAUUCAAGGGCUUAAGAAGCUUCUCAGUGAGAAGGAAGACUUGGAUGAUGUGGCAGCAGGUGCCAAAAUUGAGAAGCUGACACUUGAGUUGCAAGGCCAGAAAUCUCAUUCUUCUGACCCUGCAGUUCAAGCAAUCACAGAUGGCUUCACUGACUUCAAGAUCAACCACUUCGAAAAGUAUCCAGAUUUUUAUAAUGAACUUGCCGAGGGCCAGAGCCCCAAGUUUCUGGUAUUUGCAUGCUCAGACUCCAGAGUAUCCCCAACGUUUAUCCUUAAUUUCAAACCUGGGGAAGCCUUCAUGGUCCGCAACAUUGCUAACUUGGUUCCACCAUUUAACCAGAUAAGAUACUCAGGAGUUGGAGCAGCCAUUGAAUAUGCUGUUUCAGUACUUGGGGUGGAAAAUAUUUUGGUCAUAGGACACAGUAGAUGUGGUGGUAUAAAGAGGCUUAUGGAGCUUCCGGGGGAUGGUUCUGUUCACUUUGACUUUGUUGAUGACUGGGUACAAAUAGGUUUACCUGCCAAGUCCAAGGUUGUAGCACAGGGUGUGCCAGCGGAUCAACAAUUGGAGGCUUUGGAAAAAGAAGCAGUAAAUCUGUCCCUGGUAAACCUACAAACUUAUCCUUAUGUGAAAGAGAAAAUUUCAGAGAAAAAACUAGCACUCAGAGGAGGUUACUAUAACUUUGUCAAUGGAUCUUUUGAGCUCUGGGAGUUGAAAACCUGCAUCUCACCCCCUAUCAUCAUAGAAUAAAAUUAUCUACGUUUUGGAUGUCAAUGGACAGCUUCUGUUGGUUUCUUUCGUAAUAGAACUUUUUAUUAUCAAUAAUAGGACGUUAAAUGCUCAAUAUAAGCUACCUAAUUGAAUAUGGUCGUGUUUUCUUUAAUAGACGUUUUUCAUAUAAGUGUACUGCCUCAGUGAAUAAGGGCUAAUAAAUAAAAGCUAAAGUAGUUCUUUUGUGUGCAUGCUUAUGCAUAUUAAUUGUAUGUGAAAAUUUGUAUGUACCUUUUUUUUUUAGUUUUUUUUUUUUUUUCACUUUUAUGAAGAAGAAGAAAAUGGCAAUAAAUGAAGAAGAGCCAGCCC